AUGGCGCUGGCCCAGCUGUUGCAGUGGAGUGGCGGUAGCCGGCCCGCCAGUGCAGUCGGCUACAUCUACAAAGAGGAAGGUGGUAACCUUCACCGUUGGGUCGUGCAGUCGCACGGGGGCGUGCAAAACUUCGUAGCAGCCCAUGCCGACGCGGGCGACCCAGGUAUAGGGCCGUGCCCAUUAGCAGCGUGUGUCCUUGCAGACUUUGGUGCGGAUGCAGCUUCCCUGGCCGGAGGAGCCAUGAUGCUGGCCAUGGGCGUUCUUCUGGCCUUGCUGGAAAGAAGCAAGAGCGGCUGCGGACAGGUGAUUGAUGCAGCCAUGGUCGAUGGAGCCAACUACACGGCACUGCCCCUCUUCAAGUGGAUGCAGACUGGACUCGUUCCAGUGGGGUCUGAUGGCCACAUGAAAGCUUCCGACUUCAUCCUAUGUCAGGCUCCUCACUGGUCGGAUGUAUAUCUUUGCAAGGAAGACCCGGCCAAGAAAGGCACUCGCCAAUAUGUCUCAGUACAGGCCAUUGAGCCACAAUUCUACAGGGUGCUGUUGAAGGGGCUGGGGCUUGCUACCGAAGAGUUGCCGUCGCAGUACGACCGCAAGGCCUGGCCACAGAUGAAAUCCCGUUUUGCGGAAAUCUUCCGUACAAAGACGCGGGACGAGUGGGCACAGGUCUUCAAAGGCACGGACGCUUGCUGUGUUCCAGUCCUCAAUGCCACAGAGGCAGCUGCUCAUCCCCACAACAGAAAGCGGCGGAGCUUCGAGCCAACACCUGGUGCACCUGGUGUUUUCGAGCCAGCACCUGCGCCCAAGCUCAGCCGUACUCCGGGCCAUGUGCCUCGACCAUGCCCAGUACCAGGGGGCAACACCCGCGAGGUGCUGCUGGAAAACUGCUUCUCGAAAUCCGAGGUGGACAAUCUUUUGAAAGAGGGCGUGAUUGCGGAAGCUCGGCGAGAGCUAUCAAAGCUCUGA